GGGCAAACUUGUAAGAGCAUCUCAUUGCUGGAGUUGUUUUGUAUAAACCCGGCUCACAUUUUAGUUUGUGUUCGAAUAAAACUGUUUCCUUCUUUCAACUUGUAGAUGCAACCAUACAACCUUGUAAAAAAAAAUGAAGGGUUUCUUUUUUUGUUUGCUGUUUGCCUGUACCAUCAUCGGUGCAUGUGUCGGCCUAGAUUGUUAUUCAUGCGUAGGCUCUGAAAACAGCGACUGUGCGGAUCCGUUCGACAGCUCCAGCGCAAACACUGAGACGUGCUCCAAUGGCAGCGUGUGCAUAGUUUUGGCGAACUACGACAGAGGUCAGUUUAUUCGAACCUGCAACCCGCGCGAGGGGGGCAACAGUCCCGGCUGCGUUACGAACGCUGGGGCGGCCGGCGAGAAGGGAGUGUGUAGCUACUCUUGCGAAGGCGACCUCUGUAACAACAGAUCCAUUGCGGACGGCGUUGCAGACAUCCUGCACUGCUACCUGUGUACGUACCGCUCGGACAGCACGGCGUGGAGCCCGACUUGUCUUGACCCGAAAAAUGGAAGCGUUGCCACGCUUCCAUGUGACGGAGUGUGCGGGGUGACGACACUGUCGAUUCGCGGAGCCGAGAUUAUUACCCGCCAGUGCUUCUCCGACGCCGGUGGCACGGGGGCCUGUGUGCCGGGCUGUGACGUCACAGGUCAGUGCACGACCUGCUGCUCCGAUAACCUGUGCAACGGGGAGCUUGGGGCGCCCUCUACGACACCUACCAGCCAAGCUACCUCGAUCAAGAUCAAUUUGGCGGUCCUCUCCACAUGUCUUUUAUACCUAACAUUGCGUUAAAGGGAAUGUACAACAAUCGCUUUUGCUGCAAUUUUCCGAAAUAAAUGGAUUUGGAG